AUGCCGAUUGAGGCCCUCCCCUCGGCGACAGUCAGGGCAAUCGGAUCUACAUCUGUGAUCUCCGAUCCAUGUUCGGUUGUCAAAGAGCUCAUUGAUAAUGCUUUAGAUGCGGGAUCUACUUCCCUUGUGAUCGAAAUCUCAUCAAACACCGUGGACGUGAUACAGGUGAAGGAUAAUGGACAUGGGAUUCCGACUGAUGACCACCCAUAUGUCUGCAGGCAUACAUUCACCAGCAAGAUUCAGACCCUCGAUGAUUUGAAAAAUGUCGGUGGCACGUCUUUUGGCUUUCGUGGUGAGGCACUAGCCAGUGUGGCUGAAAUGUCUGGCGGCAUGACCAUCACCACACGAAUUGCUUCCGAGGCUACCGGAUCGUGUCUCAAGUACGAAAGGGAUGGGCAGCUUUUCCAAUCUCAACGAACCGCUCACCCGGUCGGCACGACUGUCCGCAUUGUUCAUUUUCUCAAACACAUUCCCGUCCGCAGGCAGUUGGUCCAGAAGAGUGCGGCCAAGAUUCUCACAAGAAUCAAAAAGCUAGUUCAGGCUUAUGCUGUCGCCCAGACCCUCAAGAGGUUCUCAUUAAAAGUCCUUAAGGCGAAAAAUGAGAACAACAACUGGAUGUAUGCACCCAGUCCCGAUGCAACACUAUACGAUGCGGCCAUCAAGAUAUUUGGCCGCGAGUUAUCCUCUUCUUGUGUUACCAAGAAACUUUCGCCCGACUCAUCAGCUGCAACACAAUGCAGGUUUGACAACAAGGAAUACGAUGUUGUGGCUUUCCUUCCAAAACCAGAUUCAGAUAUCUACAAAAUAAAUAACUCAGGGCAGUUUAUCAGCGUGGACGGACGACCGCUGUCUGCUGCGACCGGGUUUGGUCAGGGUAUUGCAAAGCUAUUCAAAUCCUACAUUCGUGCUGCGUCAAAGAAUGAAGUGACGCGGUCGAUCACAGAUCCAUUCCUGAUCAUCCAGCUUAGCUGUCCACGAGGCUCAUACGAUGUCAACAUUGAGCCGGGGAAGGAUGACGUAUUAUUUGAGGAUCGAGACAUCAUGCUCUCUUUGGUCGAAAGUCUAUUUAAUGAACUAUACGGACCUCUCCCAGAUUCUCAUGCAAAACGCGCAGCCAAAGACAAAUGCUCCAAAGUUCAAAGAAGUGAUGAAUUCGACAUCAUGCUCGCCCGGAGACCGGCUAAUGAGCCCUCUACUGAAUCUACACAGACAGAUAGAUGUGUUCAAUCUACAGCCCCAAUUCCUCUGAUUCGCGGUACUCCACGCCCUGGAGCUCAGCCCCAAACUACCACUCCUUUUGCGAGUCAGAAGGGUCGCGACGGCACGGCUCAUACGGAAAGAAGAGGGUCUCGUUUUGUGAACCCCUGGUCGGUCACGGCUAUGAAUGCAUCAUUGCGUACCCCGAGGCAAGAGAUUGCUCCCCAACCCGUCAGUCCAGAGCUUUUACCAUCGUCAGAGCAUGUACGGCCCACCCCUCCUCGCAGACCUACUCAACAAUUACCCACGGAUAUUCCCGAGCCGCUAACCCCGAUUUCACGAUUUGUGUCAACGUCUUCUAUCAAUCGGCGACGGCAACCUCCAUCACAAGAAUCACAAGUCUCUCCUACUCAGACAAAUUCAACGGGCGAUUCAAAGAAGGCCGCGAGACAGCGUGACAAAGAACGAUAUGGCAAUGGGGCGCUUGACACGUGGUUCACCCGAAUUACACAAGUCUCUCUUGGGGAAGAGCCGACAGAGUCGACGGCCGAAGGUGAAGAAAUUCCAAGCAUUUCCCAGCUUGCGGGAGAAAGGUUUGGAAAUCAGACCGAGAAUCCCGGAAUUGAGGAACCUUCAAUCAAUGCGGACGAUCUUGGACGCAGGGCUGAUGCAUCAGAGAAUCAAACCUCUCCGUCAAAUCAGCAUAAUGAAGCUGGUUAUCAAGGCUCUAUGGAUAGUGGUCGUGGAUUUCCUGUUCUUGAAAGAUGGGCUGCCAGUCUUCGGGAGGGCUUCAACCCAGAAACCCAAUCUGAGGUGGACAAAGCCCUCGAUUUCGAGAGGCGCAAGAAAGAGGCGAUUAGAAAUCACCGUGCCCGUCAGGCUAACAAUAACACACCGUCGAGCUCUCAAACCAGUACCGCCAUCUCACAUUCGCCGCACCACAAUCGAUUCUUGAAAGCAAAGGCCGCUUUAGCGUCAGAUCGACCGUUUGCUCCAUUAGAUUCUACCAAUGCCCUUUCUCCCAAUGAUCCAAGAGCGUAUCUCAUUCGCCAAAAUACUCGGGAAUCUGGAAAUGAGAAGGCUCGACGACUUCCUGCCAACAAGUUACCUUUUGAAAAUAUACCUGAGGGCUAUGAUACUCACAGCAUCGGUCUUUCUAUGUCUACCGAUCUAUCCGAUGUGAAAAAAUCAUUCAAUCUGAUAGCUCUUCAUGAUUCUUACGUGCGUGAUGAAAAGGAACACACGCUUUCUGCAUCCACUGUGGAAUCUCUAGUCCCAGUCUGGAAUGAACGACUGAAUGCCAUUAUCAAGAAGAAAUACAAAGCUAAAAAUGAGUCCGGAGCUCCAGCCUUGAACAUCGAUGUUUCUCUGCUUAUCGACCAUCUCAACCGAUAUGAUUCAUGA